GAUCACGGUGUAUACCAACUGUUACGGUCAAUGCUCUACGUUUGGUUAACACUGUCGUGUUCUAACUGGGCUGUGGAACCUGGUUGUAUUUUCCGAGUAUAAAUACCCACAUAUCUUCUCCUAUGAUGCAAGAGUUACAGCUGGGAAUCUUCAAGUAGCAACAGCUCUACAUAUAACAGCAGUUUCAACCAUGGCUGUAUUCAAAAACUUCUUCAGUAAAUUUUACAACACGGCAGGUGCACCACCAGAGAUAUUCAACAGGACUCUGUAUUUUGCCAUUUUUGUUUUUGGUAUCCUGGGCUGUGCCCGUGGUUAUGACGAAGGUUACAUUGGUGGUAUUGUAACGAAGUCAUCGUUCAAAAACCAGUUUGGGUUGAAUGAUCCUACAAAAACAGCAACAGAAUUGGCCAAUCUGAAAUCAAACAUCACUUCUAUGGUGAUACUAGGCUCCAUUGGUGGUUCUCUGCUUGCGAUGUACUUCGUGGACAAGUUUGGGCGUAUUAGAACUUUGCAAGGUGUUUGCGUAGGUUGGAUAGUCGCUGUCGUUAUUCAAAUAACAUCGAAAAAGAUUGGUCAAUUAUACGUUGGUAGGCUAAUGGAAGGCUUGUGCAUUGGUCAAACUGUGGUUAUUGGUCCUUGUUAUUUGUCUGAGAUUGCUCCAAAGAACAUCCGUGGUUUGGCAAACUGUAUCUUUGCAGGUGCAGUUUACUUUGGCUCCUUCAUGUCCAAUUUCAUCAACUACGGUUGUGCACUGCACAUGCCGGCCAGCUCUUCAAAGCAAUGGGUUGUGCCAACAGCAAUAAAGAUUGUGAUUGCUGGUUUUUUACUCGUUGGUUCAUUCUUGUGUCAUGAAUCUCCAAGAUGGCUCGUCAAGUCAGGCAAUGUUGAAAAAUCGGGACUUGUACUCUCAAAAAUCAGACACCUUCCAGAGGAUCAUCCUUAUAUUUUGUCUGAAGUCAGUGAUAUUCAAGAACAGUUGUAUGUUGAAAAAGAGGCUACAGGAAAGGUUUCAAAGCUCAAGGCCCUCAAAGAAUUGUUCUUCGUCAAAUCAAUUCGUUAUCGUAUCCUGCUUGCCCUUUCUGCUCAGAUCCUGGGACAAUGGUCAUGUGCAGGAAGUAUUACAGUUUAUAUGCCAGAGCUGGUUGCACUUGUUGGUGUUCGAGGAACAAAGAAGUUGCUAUACUCUGCCAUAUUGGGUGUUGUGAAGUUCAGCUCUGCUUAUAUAGGUGCAUUCUUCGUCAUUGACUUCCUUGGGCGUAAAAAGGCGCUCUACCUGGGUAUGACGAUUCAGUUCCUUGCAACUCUAUACGUUGCACUCUUUUUCCAGAUAGUUCCACAGGCAACUGAUGACGAUUACACAAUGACAGGUUCAAAGAAACACGCUGGUGUUGGUGCAUUGGCAAUGUUGUUCAUGACAGGAGUGGGUUGGACACUGGGUUGGAAUUCGAUCCAGUACUUGAUCAAUUCCGAAAUGUUACCAUUGGGAGUCCGUAAUAUUGGUACAGCAUUGAUCAUGGCCUUCCAUUUUGCAAAUCAAUACGGUAACACAAAGGCUCUGCCAACUAUGUUGAUCUCACUGACACCUGCUGGAACUUUCUUCUUUGCAAGUGCAGUUCUUCUGCUUGGUUUAUUCUGGGCAUGGUUUUUCCUUCCAGAGAUUGCAGGGAGAUCUUUGGAGAGUAUGGAGGACCUGUUCGAUUUACCAUGGUAUGUUAUUGGAAGAAAAGGUGCUAAGCUUUGUCCAGAUAACUCUGGUAUUGCCCAUAUCAGGGAAGCUGAAGAAGGCAACCUUGAUAUUAAGAGUGAGCAAGACUUUGUUGAAAAUGUCAGUCAAGUCUCAGUUGAAUAUGACUUGGAGAAGGGCGUCUGAAUAUUUGCUAUUUACGAUUUACAAACCUAUAAUGUUUAAAUGAUAUGAUUUCCAAAAGGUAUAACUCGUUAGAUGCUAAGGACUGGUGCCCCGUUUCAAUGUUAUCCUAUAUCUGGAAACAUCCUAUAUUCCAGAUUGCAACAAGUAAUAGCAUGGUAA